AUGGAGAAAGCUAUUAACAGACAGAGAAUUCUGCUGGAACACUUACAACCCACUCCUUUUCAUCAACAGACCCCUCAAUCUACUCUUUCUCGUUCUAUAUGUUUGGCUGGAGAUAGUGCUGCAUAUCAUAGAACAGCUUCUUUUGGAGAUGAUGUUGUCAUUGUCGCUGCAUAUAGAACUGCUAUUUGCAAAUCAAAACGUGGGGGUUUCAAGGAUACUCUUCCUGAUGAUUUACUUGCUACUGUACUAAAGGCAUUGAUAGAGCGAACAAAUCUAAAUCCAGCCGAAGUGGGAGAUAUAAUUGUCGGAACAGUUUUGGCUCCAGGUUCACAGAGAGGAAUUGAGUGCAGAAUGGCUGCAUUAUAUGCUGGUUUUCCUGAUACUGUGCCCAUCAGAACGGUCAACAGACAAUGCUCAUCUGGCCUCCAGGCUGUUGCUGAUGUAGCUGCCUUCAUAAAAGCAGGAUUUUAUGAUAUUGGCAUUGGGGCUGGAUUGGAGGUGAUGACAAUUGAUAAUAUCGAAAGGAUUCAAAAAGUUAACCCAAGAGUAAACAGUUUUGCUCAAGCUCGUGACUGUCUGCUUCCCAUGGGCAUUACUUCUGAAAACGUGGCAGAACGUUUUGGUGUGACUCGGCAAGAACAAGACCAGGCUGCUGUAAUGUCUCAUAAGCGUGCUGCAGCAGCAUCUGCAUCUGGAAAAUUCAAAGAUGAAAUUAUUCCUGUUUCUACUAAGAUUGUGGACCCUAGAACUGGAGAGGAGAAGCAUGUUACUAUAUCUGUAGAUGAUGGCAUUCGACCAAACACAAAUAUGACGGAUCUGGCAAAGUUGAAGCCUGCGUUCAAUAAGAAUGGGAGCACAACUGCUGGAAAUGCUAGUCAGGUGAGUGACGGUGCUGGAGCAGUUCUUCUCAUGAAGAGGAGUCUGGCUAUGGAGAAGGGACUUCCAAUUCUUGGCGUAUUCAGGAGUUUUUCUGCAGUGGGAGUAGAUCCUGCUGUCAUGGGAGUUGGCCCAGCUGUUGCAAUUCCAGCUGCAGUGAAGUCCGCGGGUCUUGAACUCGAUGACAUUGACUUGUUUGAGAUAAAUGAGGCAUUUGCUUCCCAGUUUGUGCAUUGCUGUAAAAAAUUAAAUCUUGAUUCUGAAAAAGUUAACGUCAAUGGUGGAGCAAUUGCCCUUGGCCACCCCUUGGGUGCUACAGGAGCCCGUUGUGUGGCAACUUUACUGAAUGAGAUGAAGCGUCGUGGCAAGGACUGUCGUUUUGGCGUGAUAUCCAUGUGCAUAGGAUCAGGUAUGGGCGCAGCCGCGGUUUUCGAAAGAGGGGAUUGUGUGGAUGAUCUGUGCAAUGCGAGUAUGGUUACUGCCAACAAUCUGUUGUCGAAGGAUGCUAUGUAG